AUGCAUGGAAACAAGACUCUUGAGAAGAGCAUCAGCAUCAUCAUGCUGCACUGUACAGGGAGUGGAUCCAACCAGAACACGUUGACUACUCUAGGUGGUAUGUGCCAUGAUGUGCUGCAUGCCUGUAGCUGCCACAUGCCCACUCACGCAGUAACCUUCGCUGAGAGGCUGGCAGACAUGCUUCUGGAGGCUCAGUAUGGUUCUCGGCACCAGAAGCAGCGGCGUAACCGGACCACCUUCAGCGCAGAGCAGCUGGAGGCUCUGGAGAAGGUCUUCCACAAGACCCACUACCCAGACCUGCUCACGCGGGAGAGACUGGCCAUGUGCAUCAGCCUCCCUGAGGCACGCGUUCAGGUGUGGUUCAAAAAUCGCCGUGCCAAAUUCCGUAAGAAAAAUCGCAGUCACCAGAAAGCACAAGUACAGAGGCAGAAAGAGGCGUCAAUGGCAGUUCUAACAUCAACCAAAGUGGAGAAGCUGCCUCCCGUGCUAAACUACUUGUCCUUUUCUUCCAAAGUGAUUGAGGAACAGCCUCCACUCAUUUCAUGGGCAGGCCUGAACAUAGAUCAGAAUUUGAGCUCAGCAAAACAGUCUAAUGAUAAUAAUAAGUCUUUGGAGGACACCACCAAGUACAAAGGAGGCAAAUUCCCAGAGGAUGUCCAGUUCACUUCCUCUAAACAACACAGUGCAAAGCCAGAUUCCCUGCUGGAUGGCAGAAUGACCUGUCUGGGCCUCAGCAGUGGCACCUCUCAGAUCCACUUUUUCUCCUCUGCACCAGUCAGCCUGCUUUAUCAACAGGAAAGAAAACCUCUGCACGACACCACCACCAGUAGCCAGACACAGUGCGUACGCUGCCCUCCGUUCCAAAUGGCUGCCUCCGCUCCCGUCCCAUACUUGGGAAUGAAUAUAAGCAUUCCCGCCUCGAGCCUAUCUUCCAAGUCCAGCAGCUCCUACAUCCAGUCCCUGUCCCAUCAUCCUCAUCCAGAGCUUUGGAACCCCUCAUCCCUCCAGGCAGCAGCAGGUAUGCAUCCUGAUCACAGCAUCAGGACCGAUAACCACUUUGAUUCUUAUCAGAACCAAUUAUAG